AUGUGGGGAGUGUUCUGGCCAGAAGAAACUCAGUUUACAUCCACUGAAGAUUGUGAGUUUGGCAUGAACAAUGUACCUGCUGACAGUCAGAGAGCAGAUUCUCUUUUCAGAUGUAUUGUGUGUGGGAAGACUUACAAGUUGCAGAGUUCUCUAGCUAGACAUAUUAAGUAUGAAUGUGGAAAACCACAGCAGUUUCAAUGCCCAUACUGUGACCAUAAAUGCCAUCUCAAGAGCAAUCUGAAUAGGCAUAUACGGCAUCUACAUUUGUACUGGCCAGAACGGACUCAGAUCUUGACAACUGAAGAUUGUGAGUCUGGCAUGGAUGGUGUACAACCUUACACAGUGAGAGCAGAGUCUCAUUGGAGGUGUUUUGUAUGCUACAAGACUUACAAGUUGCAGAGUUCUCUGACUAGGCAUAUGAAGUAUGAAUGUGGAAAACCACAGCGGUUUCAGUGCCCUUAUUGCAACAAAAAAACUCAUCUUAAGAUGGCUGAAUCAUGGAAGAAAAUUCAUUUGGUUUGUAGCAGUUUUCUGGGUACAAUUGUUGUUACCGAUUGA